CUGUGGACGACGACAUCAUGGUGCUCUUCCGAAACCUGAUGGCGUUUGCUGCCGCCUUGGCUGGUGCCACUACUUCUUCGAAUGAUGUGAACAACAACCCCCACCAGAUCACGUCUCUUCCCAACUACAACGACGCCAAGCCCAUCAACUUUGACCAGUAUGCCGGCCACAUUCCGCUGCCCAGCAACAGCCAAAAGAUGUUUUACUGGCUCGUGGAGUCCGAGUCCAAUCCAUCCACGGACCCGCUAGUGCUGUGGCUCAAUGGCGGCCCUGGCUGCUCGUCUCUCGGUGGCUUCUUCACCGAGUUGGGUCCAUUUGUCGUCCAGAGUGACUUGAGCGUCAAGCGCAAUCCGUACGCGUGGAACCGCAAGGCCAACAUGGUGUUCUUGGAGUCUCCAGCCGGUGUCGGCUUCAGCCAACCUGUCCUAAAUGACACUGACUACAACGACAACUUUACCACCGACCGAGCGUACGAGUUCUUGGUCGAGUUCUACGCAAAGUACCCUCGAUACAAGAACCGCGAGUUUUACAUCACGGGCGAGAGCUACGCUGGGAUUUACAUUCCGUAUUUAGCCUCCAAACUUGUGCAAACCCCGAUUGCGGAGGUGAACUUUACCGGGUUUGCCAUCGGCAACCCGUUCACCGACCAAGUGGCUGACGGCAAUUCCAACAUGGACUACUACUACUCGCACGGGUUGAUUUCCAUUGAAAGCCACAACGCUAUUAAGGCCAACUGCGCAUCACCUGACUUUUCUCGCAACCUUUCGACAGCGUGCCAAACGGCACUGGAAGACGCCAAAUUGAGUGCCCAUACGGACGCUUUGAACCCAUAUUACCUCUACGGCGACAUUUGCUUGCUGCAGAAUGGCCAGGCGAAGGCAUUGCCUAAUUACAACAUCCGGCCCAACACCCAUCGUGGCGUGAUUGGUCCGUGCCAAGAUCAGUUUACCGAGUCAUAUCUUCGCCUUGAAGCUGUGCAAACCGCCAUCCACGUCGAGAAUGGCGGGGCGAUUGCCUGGACCGACUGCGCCGACAUUCCGUACAUCAGCUCCCCAUCUUCGCUCCAGAAGUACCCCGUUAUCCUCAACGCCGGCUUGAAAGGGCUCAUUUACAGCGGGGACGCUGACUCGGUGGUCAACUUUAUCGGCACCCAGCGGUGGAUUACGUCGGAGGGUCUGAAGCUUCCAGUGCAAGAUAAGUGGAAAGCCUGGUUUGGCCCGGACAAACAACUGGCGGGGUACACUGAACGGUACACUAACUUGACGUUUACGACCAUCAAGGGCGCCGGCCACAUGGUGCCAGCCACAAGACCGCUGCAUGCAUUGUACUUGUUUGAGUGUUUUGUGUACGGUCAAGUGGCGUGCGACUCGUUUGCGUACCCCAAGGACGCCCUCGAGUAUUUGAGUGGCGCCGACUUGACGGCGCCGGUGACUAGUAGUACUAGCCAGGCGAAUUUGGUGUACUUGUGGUGGGCCCUGGGUGGGGUGGCGGUGGUGGUCGUGGGUUUGCUUGGCUGGCGAUAUGUCGCCCACCCAGAAAACCCAAAAGGAAACCGUCAAGUAUACUGAAUUGACGUCUGAAGUCAAGCCCGUGUACUCGACCUA